AUGUAUCAAGUCCAUCCAGCAUUUCUCGUCCUUAGGAAAACAUCUGUGACUGUAUGCCCUGGAACAAGAAACGCUGUACGACAAGGCAAAGACGCAGCUAAACUGGAGCAUAGCGGUGAUGCCGUUCUGUAAAUGAAGACGUAGAUGUAACGUUAGGGAAUGAAAGUCCAGCGCAACUGAUGUGAUGGGCUCUGAAGUCAGCGAUAGUAACAGAGAGAACCUCACCGAUGCUCAGAAAAACUAUCUUACUGAAGUAUUUCAAGAGAGAGAACACACCAGCAAAAGGCUGAUCCUUCUAUUAUUUCGAAGGCAAUGCGAAGAGCUAAGCUCAGCAAUGGCUCCAAUAUCUUUCAAAAGGACGACUUCUUCACAGCAGAUAGUAGGAUUUUUUUUUUUUUUGCUCAACAGCGAAAAAAUUUAA